GGCGGCAGGGUCGGCGGCCGGCGAGUCUUCGGUGCGGCUUGCUGCGCGGCUGGACCCGGGCCUGGAUCCCGCUGACACCGCCCGAUCCCGGUGCCAGGGAUCGAGUCCGCCCGCGCCAUGGCCAGCCCAAGGACCCGGAAGGUCCUCAAGGAAGUCAGGGUGCAGGAUGAGAACAACGUGUGUUUCGAGUGCGGUGCGUUCAACCCGCAGUGGGCGAGCGUGAGCUAUGGCAUCUGGAUCUGCCUGGAGUGUUCGGGCAAGCACCGCGGGCUCGGCGUGCACCUCAGCUUCGUGCGCUCGGUCACCAUGGACAAGUGGAAGGACGUGGAGCUCGAGAAGAUGAAGGCUGGCGGGAACGCCAAGUUCCGGCGGUUCCUGGAGUCGCAAGAGGACUACGACCCCUGCGGGUCCCUGCAGGACAAGUACAACAGCAAAGCGGCCGCCCUCUUCAGGGACAGGGUGGCCACUCUGGCCGAAGGGAGAGAAUGGUCUUUGGAGGCGUCGCCUGCGCAGAGCUGGACCCCGCCGCAGUCCAAGACGCUGCCGUCCGCCGUCCCCCGGGCCUCCAGCCAGCAGCAGAGCUGCCCCUCCUCCGCAGACAAGGCCUUCGAGGACUGGCUGGACGAGGACCUCGGGUCCUACCAGGGGGCCCAGGAGAGCCGCUACGUGGGGUUCGGGAACACCGUGCCGCCUCCGAAGAGAGACGAGGACUUCCUCAACAGCGCCAUGUCGUCCCUGUACUCGGGCUGGAGCAGCUUCGCCACGGGAGCCAGCAAGUUCGCCUCGGCAGCCAAGGAGGGCGCGACGAAGCUGGGAUCCCAGGCGAGUCAGAAGUUCUGGGGCUCCAAGCAGCAGCCAGAGCCGGCGUCAGAGCUGGGCCACAGCCUGAACGAGAACGUCCUCAAACCCGCCCAGGAGAAGGUGAAGGAGGGAAGGAUCUUUGAUGAUGUGUCCAGCGGGGUCUCUCAGUUGGCGUCCAAGGUCCAGGGAGUUGGCAGCAAGGGAUGGCGGGACGUCACCACUUUUUUUUCGGGGAGAGGGGAGGACCCCUCGGACAGACCCCCGGAGGGCCAGAGCUACCAGAACAGCACCAUCGACCAGAGCUUCUGGGAGACGUUUGGGACUGCGGACCCCGCCAAGGCCCACGGGUCCCCGAGCAGCGACAGCUGGACCUGCGCGGAUGCGUCUGCGGAGAAGCGGAGCUCGGACAGCUGGGACGUGUGGGGCCCGGGCUCCGCCUCCAACCCCAGGAGCAGCGACAACAGCGACGGCGCGGAGGCCUGGGCGGGCAGCGGGGAGGGCCCGGCCAAGCCCGCCGGGAAGGCGGCGCCGAGGGCCGCGCAGGUGGACGAGGGCUGGGACAACCAGGACUGGUAGCCCCAGGUGGCCCUGUGCGGGCACUGGCUCUCUUCCAGUCUCCCUCCGUGUGGGCCAAGGAGCCUGGCCGCGACGGGAAGGCCGCGCCGUGGGCGCGGCCCUGGGGGC